UCACCGAUCACCUUUAGGAAGCUCAACUACUAAAAAAAAGGAACCGCCGUUUGUGUUCGCUUCUUGCAGUUGCGUUUUUCUCACAACAGACCAGGUGGACGAUUCGCAACCGAGAACCGCACAAAUCGGUUCACCUCUCUGACCCAGCCGGGUGGUAAAUUUUGCAGCUCAACGAAGCAGUAGAAGAGGUGUGUUUGUUGUGCACGUGAGUGGCAGUUUGUUGCAUCAGCGCAAAGGAUCUUUACCUCCUCCCUGAAACAGGAUGUCGAGCCUACCGGUACAACGGUUUAUUCAGUUUGGAGCCCACAAGGGCAAGGGCAUCGCCGUCUUUACCAGCGGUGGCGACUCGCAGGGCAUGAAUGCGGCCGUCCGUGCCGUAGUGCGCAUGGGAAUCUACGUAGGAUGCAAGGUAUACUUCAUCCGCGAGGGCUACCAGGGUAUGGUGGACGGUGAGGACAACAUCGUCGAGGCAAACUGGUCGUCGGUGUCGAGCAUUAUACACCGCGGUGGUACCGUAAUCGGUUCGGCCCGCUGCAAGGACUUCCGCGAACGGGCCGGUCGGCUGCAGGCCGCCUACAAUCUCAUUUCCCGCGGCAUCACCAACCUGGUUGUGAUCGGGGGCGAUGGUUCGCUCACCGGUGCCAAUCUGUUCCGGCAGGAGUGGGGCAGCCUGCUGGACGAGCUGCUCGCCAGCAAUCGGAUCACGCAGGACCAGCGCAUCAAGUACAAAAGUCUCCACAUCGCCGGUAUGGUCGGUUCGAUCGAUAAUGAUUUCUGCGGCACGGACAUGACGAUCGGUACCGAUUCGGCGCUGCAUCGCAUUAUCGAGGCGAUCGAUGCGAUCGUCAGCACGGCCUACUCCCAUCAGCGUACCUUCAUCAUGGAGGUGAUGGGCCGUCACUGUGGUUACCUGGCCAUAAUGGCUGCUUUAGCUAGCGAGGCGGACUUUGUGUUCAUACCGGAAGAUCCCGUUGUGCAUAAUUGGCCAGAAAAGCUAUGUAAGAAGAUCCUGCAGGAGCGUUCUGCUGGGCAGCGUUUGAACAUCAUCAUCGUGUCGGAGGGCGCAAUCGAUCGGGACGGCAAUCCGAUUACGGCGGAGAAGGUGAAACAGGUGGUCGUUGAUCGACUGCAGCAGGACACACGCAUUACCGUGCUGGGUCACGUACAGCGCGGAGGUAACCCGAGUGCAUUCGAUCGUGUACUGGGCUGCCGGAUGGGUGCGGAAGCGGUACUGGCGCUGAUGGAAGCGGACGACAAGACGGAACCGUGCGUGGUAUCGCUGGACGGUAAUCAGGCGGUGCGUGUCCCACUGAUGGAGUGUGUCGAGCGGACCAAGGCCGUGGCGAAAGCGAUGGAGGACAAAAACUGGGAGCUGGCGGUGCAGCUGCGCGGUCGCUCGUUCGCACGCAAUCUCGAGACGUACAAGAUGUUGACGCGCCUGAAGCCACCGAAGAGCGCCUUCGACGAGCAGGGCCGCGGUGUGGGUGGCUACACGAUGGCGGUAAUGCACAUCGGUGCACCGGCCUGCGGUAUGAAUGCGGCGGUACGUUCGUUCGUGCGCAACUGCAUCUACCGGGGCGAUACGGUGAUGGGCAUUCACGACGGCAUCGAGGGCCUGGUGGCGGGCCACAUCAAGAAGAUGGAAUGGUCCGAUGUGACCGGAUGGGUCGGUCAGGGUGGGGCCUUCCUCGGCACGAAGCGUACGCUGCCGGAGGGUCAGUUUAAGGAGAUUGCCGCCCGGCUGAAGGAGUUCGGCAUCCAGGCGCUGUUGAUCGUGGGCGGAUUCGAGGCAUACCAUGCGGCGGGCCAGAUAACGGAUCAGCGCGGCAAGUACAAGGAAUUCUGCAUCCCGAUCGUCGUCAUUCCGUCCACGAUCUCGAACAACAUGCCCGGCACGGAGUUUUCGCUCGGUGCCGACACGGGGUUGAAUGAGAUUACGGAGAUCUGCGAUCGCAUCCGUCAGUCGGCGCAAGGUACGAAGCGGCGCGUAUUUGUCAUUGAGACGAUGGGCGGAUACUGUGGCUAUCUGGCCACGUUGGCCGGAUUGGCCGGCGGUGCCGAUGCUGCGUACAUCUACGAGGAAAAGUUCACGAUCAAGGAUCUGCAGCAGGACGUGUACCAUAUGGCGUCGAAGAUGAGCGACGGCGUACAGCGCGGUCUUAUUCUGCGCAAUGAGAAAGCGUCCGAAAACUACAACACCGAGUUCAUACAUCGGUUGUACUCGGAGGAAGGCAAGGGCCUAUUCUCUACGCGCAUGAACGUGCUCGGCCACAUGCAGCAGGGCGGUUCGCCCACACCCUUCGAUCGUAACAUGGGCACUAAAAUGGCGGCCAAGUGCGUCGAGUGGCUGGUGGAGCAGCUGAAGGCAAACACUCAGCCGGACGGGUCGAUUAAUGCCACUUCCGCCGAGACGGCCUGUCUGCUCGGUCUCGUGCGCCGUCAGUACAAGUUUACACCGCUGAAGGAGCUGAUCGGUGAAACGAACUUUUUGCAACGUAUCCCGAAGCAUCAGUGGUGGCUGAAGUUGCGUCCGCUGCUAAGAAUUCUGGCGAAACACGACUCCACCUACGAGGAGGAGGGCAUGUACAUCACGGUGGAAGAGGAAAUGUCGACCGAUUCACCGUGCGCCUAAGUGGAAAAGUGCGGGAACAUCGGAAAAGCAAAACAACUUUCCCCCCAAAAAAAAGGAAAACAUUACCUCUAAAGGUUCCAUUCGGGAAGGAAAACACGGAACAUACUAUCAACCAGCCCGUUUUGUGGGACGUUUUGCACAGCCCCGGGCGAGCAAAUCGAACAAUCUUUCGUUGUGCUUUUGAAAGCUUUAAAACUAGCAAAGUCUCUAUUUGAAAUUAGGCUCCAGAGAUCGGAAAUGCGUUGCACCGGUCCUAUUUUUGUUGUUGUUUUUGUAUUGGUUUGUUUAAGUACUAUUUAUCGUUGAUUGAUUGUGUUAUCCUUUUUGUUUUGUGCUUCCAUGCUUUCAUGUGCUGUUUUUUUUUUGUUCCUCUGCUAGGAGAAAAGUAUUAUUAUAAACUGGUUUUCAACACCGCAGUAUAGAAAAAUGGAAAAUCCACUUCUCUUCUCUUGAAAGGGAGCCAAGCUAUUUGAUACCAAAAAAAAACUCAAUAAAUGAACGGCCAGUUAAGAAUGUAUCCGGGUAAUAGCAAAAGCGUUAUUACUGUGGAUAUUUGCAGUCGGAUUAUCUCUCCCGUUUUCGCUUGCUCUGGCGCUACCAACGUGAGCAUGAUGUGUGAUGAGAUGAUGCAGCGAAGCGAACAGAAGCUAGAUAAACGCGUAACCAAUAGUUCUGAUAAUAAACAAAAACACCCAACGAUUCAACUUAUCACACAAAAACACACACACUCAUACACAGUGAAAAAGGCAAAGAAUCUAAUGUUAAUGUGCUGCUAGCAAACGGCAGCGACUCAUUAUGAGACGUACGUGCAUAAUUGAGAUAUAAUAAAAGAAUUUAUUGUUGUGAGAUA